AUGGCUGAAUCCUCUGAGGUGAAACAACGCCAAGAAUUGAAGACAAAGAGUUCUUCGUCUUCUUUGGCCACAGGAAUUGAUUGUAUGAAGAAUGGAUUUCUAGUAAUACCGUUCAAAUUAUCACCCAAUGUUUACCAUUACACAUUUGUUAAGAAACAUCAAACCAAGUUAGACUCAGAAUCCAACGGUUUAUUCGUGGUAAAUCUACCAUUACUGACGAAUGUCGACAUACUGAAGAAAGUUUUAUCACAAAUUUGUAGUAAGUUUGAUACUAUUGCUCAUGUGGAAAAAUUACUUUAUAACGAUGAAUUUGGGUUAGAUGAAAUAGAUUUAUCAUCUUUAACGUCUGAUCUGUUAAAAGAUACAAAUAACACAAAUGAAUCUAGAUUUACUCCAAGGAAUACUUCAGUUUUGAAAUUUGUAGAUGAAUCAAGUUUGAAUAAUUGUUUUAAUGCUCUAAGAAAAUACUCUCAAUUAACAAGCAGUAGUUCUAAGAAGAAUAAAAACGUUGAUGACGAAUUGAUUCAAUGGGAAUUUGAAAACCCAUCUAUUGCUACAUUCAUUAAUUUCUACAAACCUAUUGAUAUUGAAUAUUUGAAGAAUGACGUUUAUGAACAUUUGAAAAUCUUCGAACAAAGAGAAUUGGAAGAGGAAUCUAAUGUUCAAAGUUCUAUUGUAGAUGAAGACGGGUUUACUUUGGUUGUUGGGAAAAAUACAAAAUCAUUAAAUUCCAUUAGAAAGAAAAUAUUAAAUAGGAAUCCACUGUCUAAAUAUGAAAGCAAAGUUGGUGGAGAUAAGAGGACACCAAAUGCUAUUGAUAAAAAGGCCAAACAAGAUUUCUAUAGAUUCCAAGUAAGAGAACGUAAGAAGCAAGAAAUUAACCAAUUAUUGAACAAAUUUAAAGAAGAUCAAGAAAAGAUUAAGGUAAUGAAGGCCAAGAGGAAGUUCAAUCCAUAUAAGUAA